AUGGUGAACAAGAAUAGUGCAAAGAGUGGUGUAGGGAAAGAUCCGGCUUGGAAGCAUUGUGUAGAAUUAGUUCAUGAAGGUGGAGUAAAGAAGCCUUACAAAUAUGUCAUAUGCAAUUAUUGUAAAAAAACUAUCACAGGAGGGGUGUCAAGGUUUAAGCAUCAUCUUGCCGGAACAAAUAAAAAUGCUGCACCAUGUGUUAAAGUACCCGAAGAAGUUAAGCAAGAAUAUGUUGAUAUUUUGAACAAAUUGGCAAGUAGAAAGAACUUAGCACAAAUGGAGUUUGAGCAAUGUGUUGAAGUUGGUUCAUAUUUUGGAAGUGGGAGGGAAGGUGAGAAUGAAGAUAAGGUUGCUUCCGGUGGUUCAAUUUCCAAUAGAGGUAUCCGAGGACCUAUGGAUAGGUUUAUGGUGAAAGGGAAUGUUGGUGGUGAUGAAACAAUCACUAUUACAUCACCUCAAAAUGCAAAGGAACUACGUAAACAAGUUUGCUUAGAUGUUGGGAGGUUUUUCUAUGAAAAUGCAAUACCAUUCAAUGUGGCAAGGAGUCCUUCAUUUGUGAGCAUGCUUCGGUCAAUUGGUGCAUAUGGUCGGGGAUUUAAGCCUCCUAGCAUGUACGAGCUUAGGACUUGGAUUUUGAAGGAAGAAUUUAAGACAACUGAAGGAUUUGUUAAUGACAUUAAGAGUACAUGGCCACUAACGGGAGUUUCAAUCAUGUCUGAUGGUUGGCAAGAUGUUAGACAUCGGAGUCUAAUCAAUUUCCUUGUUAAUAAUCCAAGUGGCACAGUAUUUCUUAAAUGUGUUGAUGCUUUUGAACAUGUUAAGGAUGCUAAAUUGUUGUUUAAGUUGCUUGAUGAGGUUGUUGAGGAAGUUGGAGAAGAACUUGUGGUUCAAGUGAUCACUGAUAAUGCAAGCAACUACCGUGCAGCGGGGUUAAUGCUUAUGGAGAAGAGAAAGCAUUUAUAUUGGACUCCAUGUGCUGCACAUUGCCUUGAUUUAAUGCUAGAGAAGAUUGGAGAGUUGCCACAACACAAGAAUGCUUUGAUCAAGGCAAAGAAAGUGAGCAACUACAUUUAUAAUCACUCUUGGGUAUUGAGCUUGAUGGGGCAAUUCACGAAUAGAGAGCUUAUUAGGCCGGCUGCCACUAGAUUUGCCACUGCAUAUUUGACGUUGCAAAGCAUUUAUCAAGUGAGGCAACCAUUGGAAGCUAUGUUCACUUCUGAAAAGUGGACAAACAGUAGUUAUGCAAGCAAAGCUGAUGGGAAGGAAGUUAGAAAAAUAAUUUUGAAGGAUAACAACUUUUGGCCUAGUUUGGUUUAUGCUAUCAAGACCACAAAACCAUUGGUCGAAGUGUUGAGGCUAGUAGAUGGAGACAAAGAGCCUGCUAUGGGUUUUCUUUAUAAUUCUAUGGAUGAGGCUAAAGAAAAGAUAGCAAAAAACUUGGGUGGAGAAGAAAACGAUUACAAGGAGAUAUGGGAGAUCAUUGAUGACAAAUGGGAUUUUCAAAUGCACCGACAUUUGCAUGCAGCUGCCUACUAUCUAAAUCCCCGUUGUCACUAUUCUCCUGAUUUGUCUACACAUCCAGAGAUCAAGCUUGGCUUAUUCCAUUGCUUAGACAAGCUCAUACCCAAUAAAGAUGACAUGGAGAAAGCCGACCUACAAUGUACUGCUUUCCACAGUAGAGAAGGAUUUUUUGGCUUGAGUCAAGCUAAGAGCACUCUCCACAAAAGAACUCCUGUUGAAUGGUGGACUCAAUAUGGAGAUGGGACUCCUGAGCUUCAAAAAGUAGAUGUAGAAUCACACAUUGUGGAAGCUAUUAUUGUGCCAUCUGAAAGAAUUGAAGCAGAGGAAGAUUUUGUAAUAUCAGAUGAUGAAGAUGAAUCUCCUAUUGAGUAUGAUAGUAAUGAGGAAGAAAUGAAUGAUGAUUCUGAUGAAAUUGAAGAUUCAUAA